AUGCACUGCCACCAAAAAAAGAAUACGAAUCACUCACCAAGCCUUCCUGCUGCCGACGACUUGGUCAUCGCUCAUGAAAGCAAGCAGAAAGGGCAAACAAAUGAUUAUGGAACUUUCUGCAGUUCGUAUAGGCGCAUCACUUUGACCAUCAACGCUCCUACAGAUGACGAUGCGGAUCUCAUAUCUCUCGAAAUACCCCAAGACACCACAGUAGGCACUUUAAAGGAAUCUGUCCAAGCCGAAUCUCGCAUCCCUAAAAGAGAUCAACAUCUAUAUCAUAAUGGACAACUGCUCAAUGAUGAUAACAAAACCAUGGAACAACUACAGAUCGGCGAUGGAGAGAUGCUUGCUCUACAUGUUCGGGAAUAUAGGGAUCCUCCCGCUGCCUCAGCUCCACGAGCUUCGCAACACCCUGCUCGUGCACAACCCCAAGGAAGAGGAGGUCAAGCACCCCAACCAGAUCCAGAGACAAUUCGAUUACAAUUAUUGGGAAAUCCGGAAAUGAGACAACAGCUCACUCAUCAGAACCCAGAAUUGGCGGCUGCCGCGGAGAACCCAGAGAGAUUUGCAGCAAUACUCAAUCAGAUGCGGAAUCAAGAAGCGGAGGAUCAAGCUAGGCGGAGACAGCAGAUUGCGGAUUUGAAUGCUGAUCCCUUUGAUAUUGAUGCGCAGAUGAGGAUUGCGGAGAUGAUACGUGAGGAGCGUGUACAGGAGAAUUUACAGAAUGCUAUUGAACAUAAUCCCGAAGUAUUCGGUCGUGUCCAUAUGUUAUACAUCAAUGUCGAGGUCAAUGGGCAUAAAGUCAAAGCAUUCGUCGACUCCGGUGCCCAAGCUACGAUCAUGUCCCCCAAAUGUGCCGAAGAUUGCGGUAUAAUGCGACUCGUCGACAAACGGUUCGCAGGAAUAGCCCGUGGAGUCGGAACCGCCGCCAUUCUCGGACGGGUACACUCUGCUCAGAUUAAAAUCGACAGUAUGUUCCUACCUUGCAGCUUCACGGUUAUGGAAGGGAAAGACGUCGAUUUACUCUUAGGCUUGGAUAUGUUGAAGAGGCAUCAAGCUUGCAUAGAUCUGUCGAAGGAUAAACUCAUCAUCCAGGGGGUAGAGGUUAGCUUCUUGGGAGAGGCGGACAUUCCAAAAAAUAUGGAGGAUGAGAGGGCUGAGGAACCACAACUUGCAGGACCGGGAGGCACGACCAUUGGAGCAAAAACUGGCGCGGUUUCGGGACCAUCGAACGAGCAACAAGCACCACCGGCCGCGGCACAAACACCAGCCAUUUCUUCUGCUCCACCCGCUCCACCACAACAGCAACAACAGCAACAACAACAGCAGCAGCAGCAGCAGCCGUCAUUUCCAGCAGAGAGUAUAGAUCAAUUGGUGGCAUUGGGAUUCUCGCGCGAUGAAGCCAUCAAUGCACUGGCGGCUUGUGGGGGUGAUGUUCAAUAUGCGGCUGGUCUUCUAUUUCAAGGAUAG